UCACGUUAUAUUCAUCAAGUCUUCGCUUUAGUAGAGUUUGUAUAUUCGUUCCCGUUAACGGCGGAUUCCGGUCCGCGUAUUUUGACGCGGCAUUGCGUCACGUUGAUGAAUUUGAAGUGAUGCUACCGAGAGGCGCAUCUGCUCGUGUAUGAUAAACAAAUCUGCGCCGCCCUUCGUGUGUUCUUAUUUCGGGUUAAUUCGCGAUCAAAUAUCGAGGGAUGCUGAUGCAUUAUUACCGGGAAGGGGGGAUAUUAACGGCGUGAUAUAUUAACGACAAUACCGAAGGAGGAAAGUAGCUUACAUCAGCUGGUGUGUUAUACACACUCAGGUGGGCCAAGCGAUUUUUGCGCGUGGCGUCGGUGGUCUCGCGCUCGGCACGGUAAAAUAAACCCAGUUCGCGCGUCUCGGGAUGGUCGGUAAGGCUCAUGCACGCGCUCUUCCGUUCGAUAUCCGUACCAUCCCGGGGUGUGACAGAUAGACACGGAUCCGCCGCCGCUGCGCCCAUGGCGGGUCCCGCAUUCACGGGAGCGCACGGGACCUGGAUCACAUCUCGGUUGCGGGAGGACGGCUCACCUUCAUCGUCGUUAUCGUCAUCAUCCGCAGAGAAACCGCGCAAACGGAGAGCCUUUAACUUGGUGAAACUGCGGCAACCGGCCGCCCCCGGUAACAACAACACUCCGUUUGUGAUCUCCGGCCAUAUCAAGCACAUCUGCAGUAACUGCAGCCGCGGGAAUGAGAUCCGGGACGCAGAGGGUGCUGAGCGCCUGGCGGCGAUGCGCUCAGAUUCUUUGGUUCCGGGUACUCGCACGCCUCCGAUCCGCAGACGGAGUAAACUGGCCAGUCUGGGGCGACUCUUUAAACCGUGGAAAUGGAGAAAGAAAAAGAGCGACAAUUUCAAACAGACGUCUGCUGUGCUAGAGAGGAAGAUGUCGACCCGUCAGAGCAGAGAAGAGCUCAUAAAGAGAGGAGUGUUGAAAGAAGUGUUUGAAAAAGAGGAGUUAAGUGGAGAAUCUGGACAUGUGUGUAGUGGUGAUCUGGACAGACAGACCAUCAUGAGUCCGGUUUCAGAGUCUCCAGAGAACAACCUCACAGUUUCCUUUUCAGAAGCGCAGUCGUCUGGUGAAGCUGUGUCGUGUCUCACAGAUCUCCCCUCAAAGCCAUCUCAAGCCCCGCCCUCUGUCAAACCUGUGCCGCUGACAAGCGACGGCGCUGACAUCACACACGUGAGACCAGCGUCACUCAAACAGCCACCUGCCUUACCGCCAAAGCCAUACAGCAGAAUUCACAACCACCUGACAGAAACCUUUUCUAGACUGUCGCCACCUCUUCCUCCAAAGAAAGUCUUGAUCUGUGAUCCUGCACCUUCAUUUCCCCUCAAAUGUCUGCCGUCGCACCCGCACGCACACACACUUACACACUCUCACAUGCAACACUACGCAACCAUACCUUUGUCUCUACAUCCACCCAGUCGCAUCAUAGAGGAACUCAAUAAAACCCUCGCUCUUACAAUGCAGAGACUGGAGAGUUCUGUUCUGCAGGCGGUCCCAUCUGUUCUGGUGGAGAUGGAAGAGGAGAAAGAGAACAGAGACUCUAUGCACCAAUCACCAGCCAACACACACACACUCAUCACACACACCUUCAGCACACACACGCAUGAGGAAGAUGAAGAGGAAGAUGAUGAUGACGACGAUGAUGAUGAUGACUCUUUGUUUACAAGUACAUUGGCUUUAAGAAUCUUGCGAAAAGAUUCAUUGGCGAUUAAACUGAGCAACCGACCAUCAAAGAGAGAACUGGAGGAUAAAAACAUUUUACCUAUGAUGUCGGACCAGGAGAGACUCGAGUCCAGACAGCAGAUCGGCACCAAACUAACCCGUCGACUCAGUCAGAGACCUUCAGCAGAAGAACUGGAACAGAGAAACAUCCUCAAACCUCGAAACGAGCAGGAAGAACUGGAGGAGAAACGUGAGCUGAAGAAAAGACUCUCGAGAAAGUUGAGUCAGAGGCCGACUGUAGAGGAGCUCAGAGAGGCGAAAAUUCUCAUCCGCUUCAGCGAUUACGUGGAAGUGGCGGAAGCUCAGGAUUACGACCGGAGGGCCGACAAACCCUGGACACGCCUCACUGCUGCAGAUAAGGCUGCCAUACGUAAAGAACUCAAUGAGUUCAAGAGCACAGAGAUGGAGGUGCAUGAGUCGAGUCGACAUCUAACCAGGUUUCAUCGGCCGUAACUGAAGAUUUUAACUAACGGACGCUCAUAUGGAGCCAUUUAAUAAACUGAGACUCUAAACAGAGACCGCCGCAAAUUUUUAUCAGGAAUCACAACAGAGCGACACACCACUCGGAUUGAAUUCGGAGGAACCGCGCGGGAAUUUCACUCCGUGUCCGCUGGCAGAUUCACAGUACAAUGAAGGAUAAGAUUCAAGAGCCAGUGGAACAGAACGAGGGAGCGGUUUAUGUGCAGAUAUAUGUGUAUAUUCUGACAAAACCUUUCAAAACUGAUGUCUGUCAGUCGUAUGUGCUAUAAUUUAGUUUUUCAGGUCUGUUGGCUCGUAAUGCAACAGAUAAUGUGAUUUGAUUUUCUAUUCAUAAUUCAAAAGAAAUAAGUCACAGAAAUGAAGCAGAUAUAAACAGACUUUUAUAAAAUGUACAUCGCAUUACUAAAUUAUAAAUAUCUGUGUUUUUGUCCACAUAUUUCAUUUAUUUUUUUGACAAAAUCAUGUUUUUUUUUUUUUUUUAAAUGAAUGGUGACCGUUUACAGUGAUGAUGUCAAAGGGACGCACUGCAGUUAAGUGACAGCAGAGCAAUAACACAAACCUUCAGUGUUUUAUCAUCGGCUGUGUGCGUUUUCACACCAUGUGGGAAUGUUUUUGUCUCAGAUAAAGUUAAGGUCCCUACAGUCAAGUGCAUGGCUGUAGUGUGCUAAGUAGGGUGUAUUGUUUGCAGUGUUGGGCAGUAACUAUUUACUAGUAACUCAGUUACUGUAAUAAUAUUAUUUUCCCUGGUAACUUGUAGUCUAACUAAUAUUUUUUUAUAUUAGUUACCAUCCAAAAAAUGGCAAGUUAGUUUUUGUCACAACAUCACCAACACAGGACGCUAGCUAGUUUUCGUCUUCUUGAGCCCUGUUGCAGAUGUUAAUGCUUUAUUAAAUUACAGAAGUUGUUUAAAAUAUAAUUUUAACCAAUUUUCUCAUUUAUCGGUAACUUAUGGAUUCAAAGACUGCAAAAAUUAAGCAAUUACCUUUUUUUUGCCGUGUAAUGGAAAAGUUGUGUAACUCAGUGGUUCUCAAACUGGGGGCCGGGGGGGCCCCAGUUUUAUGACAUUUUAUAAAAUAAAUGAAUUUAUCAUGAAUUCUGUGGAAUUAAACCUAAAUAAAAAAAUAAGGCUACUAACCAACAGCACUACUUUGUAUCAUUCAAUAUGUUUUAGAACAGUUUUUUGUCAAAGAAUUUUCUUUGGGGGGGCCGCGAAGGAAUGCGCCAUACAAAAGGGGGGCCGCCCGCUGAAAAAGUUUGAGAACCACUGGUGUAACUAAUUACUGUUGGCUGGGAGUAAUAAGAAAUAGUAUUACUUUUGAAAUGAGUAACUAGUAAUGAGUAAUAUAUUACAUUUUUUGAGUAACUAGCCCAACACUGAUUGUUUGGAAGCGCACCCUUUACAGGAGCAUUCGUUUGCCAAAAUAAAACCAAAACAUUUCACGAGUCAACAUAGUCAGUGUUACAUUUUUUUGUAUUUAUUUUAAUCAGAGACAUUGCAACAAUGUGAAACUUUUUAUGUUGAUAUUUAUAUUUUUAACGGAUUUUGAUACUGAAGAUAAAAGCAACAUGAAGUAAUAGUUGCACCUGAUGGGAAAAUUCUGUCAUUAUUUUCCAGCAUGAAGUUUCAAACUGCUGCUGUUAUCUGAAAGUAGAAAUUCAAGAAUCUUCCUCGUAUUUCCAUGAAAAACCCAGAAAACAGUGAAGCAUCUUCUUUGUGAUCCACAGCAGAAACAAGUGACAGAAUUUAGAUUUUUGGGUGAAUUAUUUCCAUCUCGAGAAACAGAAGGCGUCACGUUUUGAAUGAUUGAUGUGUUUUUUUAUUUCAACGUUCUGCUCUUGUGCUGCCAUCAGCUCAGAUAAUCCAGGAAGAGAGCAGAACGUGCAUGUUACCUAAUGUACCGUCACUCCUGAAUGAUGUAUGCAGAUUCUGAUGUAAAGGAAUCUUAAUAAAAAUGAACUGCGCACA